CAGAGCUGGUGCGCAUUGACAUUUUCAGAGACUUCAAUAUCAUCAGUUACUGUUUUGAUACAUUCACCGGUACCGGGUAACCCCUCGCCGGCCUCGCCCAAAAGGGGCUUUCGCGGUGAAAACUCAUCACCAUGGACGAAGACCAUGGCGGAUCAGGUCCGCCAGGGCAAGAAGCUAAAGGUAUUACGCUAAAUGAUCGCAGUGAAGAACUUGCUGCUGAAAACCCUCGCAACAUCAGUAUUAGACCAAAUGAAGGUAGUGAAGGCAUUGCAGCUGUAAAUCUUGAAACUAGAAGAAGCAGCACAACUGGUGUUAGCGAAGGACUGACAGAUACAAGAUCUGAAACCAACAGCUGUAGCCUAAAUGAUGGUAGCGAAAAGGUCGCAGCUGUGACUGCGACUCCUGAAGCGAUUUGUAAGAAAUAUAGUGAAGGACGUCUCGAAAUGAGCGGCAGUGCUAAAAAUAAAAAUAGUGAAGUACUGCCUGUUACAAGUUCUAAAACCGGAAGUAGCGAUGCUCUCGCUGGUGCAUGCUUUGAACUCGGAGGCACAAGUGAAGAGAUCCAAGAACUAAGAGGUGCAAGUCCAAAAUCGGGACACCUGAACCCUAAUGCAAGCAGCGAAGAUAACGCUGUUGUAAGACAUGAUACCGACAACAAUAAUGCAAAUGAAGUUAUCAGAGACCAGCCAGCUGCAGCUGCUCCUGAAAUCAACAUCAGUAGCCCAACCGAAGACAGCGAAGGCCUCGCAGCUGAAAACUUUGAAACCAAGAAUUGUAGUACAAAUGAAGCUAACGAAGGAUUAUCGGUUAUACGAUCGGAAACCAUCAGCGAUAACCCUAAUAAAUGUUGCGAUGGAAUCGUGGCUACAAGCCAUAAAGACAUCAGCAGUAAUACAUGUGAAGAUAACGAGGUACUGUCAACUACAGGCCCGGAAACUGUCAGCAGUAGCCCAAAUGAAGAUACCGAUGGGAUCGCAGGUGUACAAGCAGAUACUAGUAUGCUUGCUGAAAGUACUAAAGAUCUCGCGGCUCCCUGCCCUGGAACCAACUGGCGAACAGGUGGCGAAAAACUAAUACACAACUGGCGAACAGCUGUUAACUCUAAUAGCACCUGCAACAUAAAGCCUAAUGUAACUACCGAAGAUCUUGCGAUUAAAACUCCUGGAGCUAAUAAGAAUAAUGCUGAGUCUGAAAAUAAAGACCCCAAUUCAGGAUCUGGAGUCCAAGCCACGGUUCCAACCUCUGGGUCCAGCAGCUCAGGUCCUAGCAAAUUUUAUAGGCCCCCACCCAUGCGCGCUAGACAACAAAAACAGAAUGAAGCUGGACUCGAAACAACACAUGCAUCUGUCCCUACUGUGCCAACAUUUGAGCAAUUUUUACUUCAGCAAACCAAGGAAAAGAAGAUAAAAGAACCAUUCGCUAAAGAAAGCAAGUAUCCAAAUAAAUCUAGUUUAGUUUGUCUCUCUAACCAAAGCCUAAAUAGUAAUGAGCAUGAACAUCCUCAAAGAAAACGCCAGCAAAGCACCUAUGUUCGGGACAUGUCUUGCAACACUUUGGAAGAGAUAUCCCGUUCUGAAAGUGUUAUUAUAAUAGAGAAGAUAAACCGCCAAAAGGAAGGCUUCAAGAAACUUAUCGAUUCGCCCCCAGAUUAUCGCAAUCGAGAUGUAUUCGCCCUAGUCUUUGAACUCGUAACAAACGUAUGGAAGUCUUCGUUCGAAGAAUCAAAAAAACUGCUGCUUUUGGAAAUAUGUAACUCUAAAUUCAUUGAUAAUUUACAAUUGUAUUUAAUGCAACUGCCUUACAUAGAGAGCCGUAGAGACAAACUGUUUAACAAGCAUUACUGGAUGAAGGAAAAGGAAUUUUGGAGCAACUUUAUGACCUUUUGUGAGUGUGUCAUAAAUGUGUCGCCGGCGACUGCGGUCAGAAAAUGUGGAGCGCUGAUUGAGGCCACUAGCAAGAGUUGCCUGGAGGGCUUAAAAGAAAAGCAUGACUUUGAACUACCCGAAGAAUAUGCGGCUAGAAUAACUAAUAUACGGGACCGAAUCAAAAAGCAGUCACAAAUUCAGAGAAAAAAGGAUACUACUGCUACAAUAGAACCUCUCGAGAGCUUUCGUGAGCUGAGCGUGCUGCCGUCGGGUGCGGAGCUGCUGGAACGGCGGCCGUUCCUGCGCGCCAACGUGGUGGAGGGCGCGUACGCGGACGUGGACCACUACCUGGACGUGCAGUUCCGCCUGCUGCGCGAGGACUGCUUCGGCCCGCUCAGGGAGGGGAUACGUAAGUCUCUACAUGAGGUCGGUGGGCCGCGAGCUGAGCUGCCGCUGCUGCAGCGGCGGCCGUUCCUGCGCGCCAACGUGGUGGAGGGCGCGUACGCGGACGUGGACCACUACCUGGACGUGCAGUUCCGCCUGCUGCGCGAGGACUGCUUCGGCCCGCUCAGGGAGGGGAUACGAGCGUGCUGCCGUCGGGUGCGGAGCUGCUGGAACGGCGGCCGUUCCUGCGCGCCAACGUGGUGGAGGGCGCGUACGCGGACGUGGACCACUACCUGGACGUGCAGUUCCGCCUGCUGCGCGAGGACUGCUUCGGCCCGCUCAGGGAGGGGAUACGUAAGUCUCUACAUGAGGUCGGUGGGCCGCGAGCUGAGCUGCCGUGAGCUGAGCGUGCUGCCGUCGGGCGCGGAGCUGCUGCAGCGGCGGCCGUUCCUGCGCGCCAACGUGGUGGAGGGCGCGUACGAGGACGUGGACCACUACCUGGACGUGCAGUUCCGCCUGCUGCGCGAGGACUGCUUCGGCCCGCUCAGGGAGGGGAUACAUCAAUACAUGGAAGACCCAAAGAAAAGAAAAUAUGACCACAUUCGAGUCUACCGCAAUGUGAAAUUUUUAAGACCAUUUUUCACACAAAAACAAUUUGGGUCUCUUGUGUUACUGGGCAAGGACACUGAAAAGAUGUUCAGGCAGACAAAUUGGAAGGAAAGCAAAAGAUUUAUAUAUGGAUCUCUCGUAUUGUUCACAAAAAAUAAUUGCAAAAGCUUUCUAGUCGGAACUAUUUUGCAACGUGACGUAGAACAUUUGAAGAAACGAAUUCUAGAUGUCAGUAUUAUUGACUCCACAAUGGAUUUCGACUUAUACAAUGGAGAUUUGUAUACCAUGAUAGAAUGCGAAGUGUACUUCGAGCCGUACCGCCAUGUGCUAAAAGCGCUGCAGGAUCCCAACUUCCCUAAACACCUGGCAAUGAACAAAUACAUAGUAGACGUGCAGAAGGAGCCCGAAAAUCCAGCCUACCUCACUGAACGCACCGUUUACACUUUAAAUAAAUACCGUCCGAGAAAGACUUUACGGAGUAUACAAAAAAGGAACCGGAAUGAACGUCGAAGAGGUCAUCGAUCAUAUUUUUCAUCUUCGGAUGAAGAUGAAGACGAAGAUGACUGGUUUAGAUGGCGCAUGAGAAACGAGGCUGAAAUAAAAUUUACAGUCCUUCGGGAUGAAACAUGGCCAUCAGAGACAGAGCUAGGCUUGAAUAAAACCCAAUAUGAAGCGUACAAACUUGCCCUCACCCAUGAGUUUGCCGUGAUCCAGGGUCCGCCAGGCACUGGUAAAACCUACCUCGGAGUCAAAGUUGCUAAGGCUCUACUAGAAAAUUUACCACAUUCUGAUAAUGGAUGUUCAAUGCUUGUCAUAUGCUACACAAAUCACGCAUUGGAUCAAUUUUUAGAGGCUUUGUUGCCUAUUACAGGCUCUCUUAUUCGAAUCGGUGGAAGAUCAAAAAGUCAGGUCUUGGAAAAACAUAACCUAAGCAAUUUCAGACGCUGGUCAUGCUAUAUCGAAAGAGAAAACCUCGAGUUUCAUAUUUGCAAGCUAGAAGAUUUAUAUGAAGCUUGCACAUCUCCUGAUAUUUUAUUAAACUACAAUACUGUUGUUAAUUACGCUGAAGAGUGUGAAAUCGUUCAAACAUUUUAUAAAGAAAAAUGCAAAGAUGCACUGAAACAUUGGCUGUUUGGAAACGUAGAAAAUGUUAAUAUUGAUAUUCCACGUUCAGAAGAACAAGUUCAAAGUAACGCAAAAGAACAUUUACAUGAAAAUAAUGAUGUGGACAAUGACAUCUAUGCCAGGGAUGAUCUGGAUAUAGAUGAUAAUGAAUUUGAUGAAGAGUCUUAUCGAAAAUUGUAUGCGAGCACAUUAAUAUCUUUUUCAUUGCCAAAAGCAGAACAGGAGAAGAAUAAGCUCGUGGCAUCAUACCAUAGAUUAAUUGAAGCUAUCAACCUAGAGGAGCAGAAAGAAGAAGAUAAAAAAAAAUAUCGUAGAAUACAGAAGAAAUUGCAAGAAUCACAAGAUAUACAACGCAAGAUAUAUCAACUGCUCUCGCAGAUAAAUACUUUCAAGGACAUGAAGAGAUGCCAGUCUCGUGCACCCAGAAUAAACCUCGCCGAAGUGGAGGAUUUAGAUACAGUUCCACUUAUAGAACGUUGGUCAUAUUACUAUAAAUGGGCCACCAUCACCAAAAAAUACCUGAGAAGACAGGACACAAUGAGAGAGAGGAAGGUCAAGUCUGCUGCGGAGGCUUACGAAGAGGCGCGUAUGAUAGCUGACCGUUCUUUCUUAAGAGGAGUCGACGUUAUUGGUAUGACUACAACCGCAGCAGCGAGAUUGCGAAAAUUACUCGUAGAAGUGUCACCACCAAUAGUGAUUGUGGAAGAAGCAGCGGAAGUUUUAGAAGCGCACAUAGUCACGGCUCUGACGGAAAAUUGCAAACACUUGAUCCUGAUUGGAGACCACCAGCAGCUGCGGCCGUCGGCUGCGUAUAUGCGGCUGGCUCGGCACUACCAGCUGGAGGUGUCGCUGUUCGAGCGCAUGAUCCGCAACGGCGUUCACAGCCGCCGGCUCGGCGUGCAGCACCGCAUGCGCCCCGAGAUCGCCGCGCUCAUCUCACCGCACAUCUACCCCGACUUGGAGAACCACCGCUCCGUCGAAAACUUCCCGCCCGUGCGCGGCGUUACGCACAAUCUCUUCUUCUUUUCGCAUGACUAUAUGGAACAGCAAGAAGACGAGAGCUCUUCGCGCACUAACACCAUGGAAGCAGAUUUUACGCUCCGCCUGGCGAAUUAUUUAAUGCAGCAAGGGUACGAGCCUGAUGAAGUUACUAUUCUAGCUGCUUAUUCUGGACAGAUGUUCUAUUUGCGAAAAGAACGGUCACUAUAUGACCACCUGUCAGACGUGAAGAUCACAGUCCUGGACAACUACCAGGGCGAGGAGUCGAAGAUAAUCCUGCUGUCGCUGGUGCGCAACAACGACCACGACAGCAUCGGCUUCCUGGGCACCGAGAACAGGAUCUGCGUCGCCUUGUCCAGGGCCAGGGAAGGUUUCUUUAUACUUGGCAACAUCGAUUUGCUGAAGAGAAAUUCCACUCUAUGGACAAAUAUAGCUCAGACUCUGGAAGAUAACGGAUCGUUGGGGUCAACUUUGAAACUCAAAUGCGUGAAUCACGGGCAAAUUACCGAGAUUAAAUCGGUAAAAGAUUUUGCAAAGGUUCCCGAAGGUGGCUGCCUACUGAACUGUAAAUAUAACAUGCAGUGCGGCCAUCCUUGUCCGCGCAUGUGCCACGCCUACGAUAGGGCCCAUGACACCAUAUGGUGUAUAAGAGACUGCGAAAGGAAAAUCUGUGAAAUCGAAGGCCACAAGUGUCCAUUCGACUGCAGUACAACAUGUGAGCCAUGCAAGCGUUACAUGGUCAAGCAGCUGCCCUGCGGGCACACGAAGGCCUUGCAGUGCUAUAUGGCUGCGGACGAUCCAGCCGUUUACUGCGCCGAGGAGGUUACUGUCUCUUUGCCUGGCUGCGGGCAUGAGACAACCAAGCCAUGUUCGAAGAAGAUAUCAGACGUGAAAUGUGUAGAGGAGUGUGAAGCUGGACGGCUCCGGUGCGGCCACGCUUGCGUCCUUAAGUGCCACGUCAAUGAUGACCCCGAUCAUGAGAAUUACAAAUGCGAAAAACCUUGCCCAAGAGCGAAGGAUGGCUGCACAGCGAACUUGGAAGGUGAUCUUGGUGAUCACCAAUGUACACUAACCUGUGGCGAAUCUUGUCUUCCAUGUGAAGUUCAGGUGUACAAGAAGAGGUCUGGCUGUAAGCAUUGGAAGCAAGUAGCCUGCCGUGAAGAUGUGAACGCGGAGCCUUGCCGCAAGAACUGCGCGCGCUCGCUGCCCUGCGGUCACCACUGCAAGAAACGGUGCUCUGACACGUGCGGCGAUUGCAAACAAAAGGUGAAGAAAAGGAUACCCGACUGCAAUCAUGAGAUAGAGAUCGAGUGCGAUACAGAGCCGACUCGCGAACUUUGCAAAGAGAAAUGUGAACGGAACAUGACCUGCGGUCACCCGUGCCCGGCGAACUGCCGCAAGCCGUGUGACCCAACCACGUGCGUGCAGAUCACGGAGCAUAGCUCAGAGGCGCCGUGCGGUCACAUGGUCCAGCUGCCUUGUAACAUGUAUCAAGCUAUGCAGUCAGGCUCGGUGCCAGAUGCGAAGUUGCUCUCUGUUUGCACGGAGCCGUGCGGUACCGUGCUCCGCUGCGGGCACUCGUGCGGCGGCUCGUGCUCUGGCUGCCGCCAGGGCCGCCUGCACCAGCCCUGCGCUUCACGCUGCCACCAGCUCAACAUCUGCGGUCACAGGUGCGAGGAACCGUGCAACCAAGUGUGCCCGCCGUGCAGCCGGCGAUGUUCGGUUAAAUGCCCUCACUCUGUCUGCGGUAAACCGUGCGGCGCGCCAUGCACGCCUUGCACGGAAACUCCAUGUGGACGGGCGUGCGAGCACUCAGCGUGUAAACGUGCUUGCGGUGCGGCGUGUUCGCGGCCGCCGUGCUCGCAGGCGUGCGCGCUGCGGCUGGCGUGCGGGCACGGCUGCCGCGGGCUGUGCGGGGAGCCCUGCCCGCCCGCCUGCCGCCUCUGCCGCCCCGGGUCCUACCCCACCGACCUGCUUGGAGACCCAUACGAUGACGACGCCAAGCUUAUCCAGCUACAGGAUUGUCCUCACAUCUGGGACGUGGACACGUUGGAUACUUUAAUGAACAGUGAAAAUGAAAGCAUUCAAAUCAAGGCGUGCCCGCUUUGUCGCGAACCUAUCAUCAAUACCUACCGGUACAAAGACCUGGUAAAUAAAAUGCUGAAGAACGACAUCAACCCUAUCAAGGAGAAGGUUUAUGGAACUGAACAGCUUAGGUCAAAAAAACGAGUUGAGCUCUAUAAAAAAGUAAAAGACCUGGGAGAAACUCGGAAACUACCCAGAGAAAACAAUUACUGGAACACUGCAUAUAAUGCGUUGCAACAUGCCGUCGGUGGUAAAAGCAAAGAUCUCUCCGUUUUACAUCUCGAAAUGUAUCACGUCUACUUCGACAUUCUGGCUGAUGUCGGGGAAUAUUAUACCAAAUACGUUGCUGAGAAUUUAACAGAACUGAAAAGUGAGAUGCAAGACCAAGUAAAAAUGAUCUGUGAAGCUCUGGUCGCGAAUAAACAGAAGAUAAGCCAACAGCAACAGGUAGAUAUCGGGCAAGAGAUGAAGCGUAUGAACUCCAUCGUUCAGCUAGCUCAGAUUCUAGAACUGAGUAAGAAUACAACCAACGCCGAGGUGUUGGCUGUAGCUAAAACCGCUAAAGAAGCUGUUUUGACGUGGAGUUUGUAUGAUGAAGAAAAAUCUGUUGAAUGUCUGAAGAAGCUCGAGGAAGCUGUGAAGUUGUCGGGUAUUGCUAGCAGGGAGGAGCGCGCGAUGAUAGUGCGCGCGAUAGGGCUGAAGGCGGGGCACUGGUACAAGUGUCCCAACGGGCACUUCUACUGCAUCGGCGAGUGCGGCGGCGCCAUGCGGCUGUCCACGUGCCCGGACUGCGGCGCGGCCAUCGGCGGGCAGCGCCACGCGCUCACGGCGGGCAAUCAGCAUGCCGGCGAAAUGGACGGCUCGCGCUUCCCCGCUUGGUCUACGGCAGCCAACAUGGCCAAUUUUCACUUAGAUUAGUACACUUUACGUUUUCUUUGUUUUAUAGCUUUUAAACGAAGUAAUUUUAUCAAAAAUGUUUAAAUUUGAUUUAGCACUACUCUACUCGUAUUAAAUAUCUUCGUAAUCUCUUUGAUAAUCUCAAAAAUGAAAAGUGUUCAGCUGUUAAAGAAAUGCUGUCUCGAUUGUUUUGUUAGAUUGCUUAAGAAUCUAUUGUGAUUUAAGUUUACUUACGUUAGUGUAUACUUUGCCUACUUAUUUUUUUUUACUUUAUUUACCGUAGACUUACCUGUAAAUCAGUCGGUUUGCUGUAUGUUAAUUGUGUUUGCUAAUUAAUAAACAGAUUGAGUAAA